AUGACUGUUCAGGUACUGAAAGGAUUCAACCUGACGGUGAAAUCUGGUCAGACAGUGGCACUGGUAGGACAAAGUGGGUGUGGUAAAAGUACGACGGUGCAGCUGCUGCAGAGACUGUAUGAUCCGCAAGAUGGAGAGAUUUUGGUUGAUGGCCAUGAUAUACGAUCUCUCAAUAUCAGACAAUACAGAGAAUUAAUCGGUGUGGUCAGCCAAGAGCCUAUACUUUUUGGAACAACAAUUAAAAACAACAUUAAGUAUGGAAGGUUAGAUGUGAAAGAUGAAGAAAUUGAGAGGGCAGCUAAAGAAGCCAAUGCCUAUAACUUCAUUAUGGAGCUUCCUGAUAAAUUUGAAACCUUAGUAGGAGAAAGAGGAGCCCAGCUUAGUGGUGGACAAAAGCAAAGAAUAGCUAUAGCUAGAGCCUUGGUCCGAAAUCCCAAGAUACUCUUACUGGAUGAGGCUACUUCAGCUCUGGAUACUGAGAGUGAAUCAGUUGUACAAGCUGCCUUAGACAAGGUAGUUUUCCAGCGAUGUCACUGUGAUCUUCUACAAAGUCACAUCAAUCAUUCUUUACAGUAG